AACUUCCACUUCCUCCAUCCUCAACUGUCCUCUACAUGUUUCUCUUCUAAGCCACCUACCUGCACAAGGUUCUUCAAGCAGCAAACGGCAAGAUCCAGGAGCUCAUUCUUGAAAUUCAACUUAGAAAUGAUGAUGGCAAUCCUUUGUGGAAGAUCCUUUGACCGAAGCCCCUCCUCGGUGAGCCUUGGAUGGGAAUUCGGGGAUCUUCAGUUCUAAGCGGAAUGCAAAUCUUUAAGGGGUCGCAGCCAGAUAGAAGAAUGCCCAUGGGUCAUCGUUCUAUAAAAAGCUAGAUCCUUAGCCAGGCGUCAUCUAUCAUCCGUAUAUUUCAUCGGGGUUAGGGGAAUGCAGAGCUGUCCAAAAAUGUCAACUUCAAGCGUUCAAGCAGGAAUUGGUUUCCCUCGUGCGCCACUCGGUUCACCUCCUCCAGCAUACAUCCGGUCUCCUCCCCUUCCCACUCAGAGGAUGGUAACCACAAGCCAACCAUUUAAUAAGUUGCAAAAAGCCAAGCAAGGCCGACAAGGAGGUGGACGAAGGGAGAGUUACGACGUGUCUAGUGGCGGUACUGUUAUGGGAAGCGAAACUGUUUUAGCGGUAGCUCAUUCUGGCAUAGACAGGUCUCCUGAAGAAGCCAGUUCUGCAGCCGGGGAUAAAGGUAACUGCAAAUACGAGCGAUGGUAUCCCGGCGACGCAUCACACAGUGGUCGACCAGCAUGGUGGAAUAGAGUAUUGUGUUGUGGUUAUGGAAUGGGGUGCUUGUUAUGCCCUUGUGGAGGCUUGACUUGUCGGCAUGUAACGUAGUUAGGGGUUAGUAAAUGUUUGAAAUUGGGACAGCUGCCUUAUGGAUAAGACAUAAAUAGGACCCUAACCAAUAGGCAAGUGACAUGUACAUCUUAAGG